AUGUCGGGUGUUUGGGUGUUCAAGAAUGGUGUUGUUAGGCUAGUGGAGAACCCAGGUGCUGAUGCCUUGCAAGGUGCAACUCGUGGCAAGGUGCUGGUGCACCUACCCACGAACCAAGUGGUCACUUCAUACGAGGUUCUUGAACGAAUGCUAACAUCUAUGGGCUGGGAAAGGUACUAUAAUGAUCCUGACCUUCUUCAGUUUCAUAAAAGAACGACAAUUCACCUCAUAUCUCUCCCAAAAGACUUCAAUAAGCUCAAGUCAAUGCACAUGUAUGAUAUCGUCAUCAAGAAUCGCAAUGUCUUUGAAGUAAGAGACACCUAA